GAGACCCUGUAUCACAUUGUGUCUUCAUUACUAUACUUCACAUCUGCCCUUUAUCUCCUCAUUUACCUUACCGAAAAAAAGCACUAUGUUGCGGAUCACGUAGCCAAGACGGCUGCAAGUGCUUUGGGUCUCGUAAACACAGCACUUUAUAUUCUCUCCAGUAUCUACUCGGUGAGAACCUUCAGGCGAGGAUGAAGUGGAGAGAAACUGGAAUAUGGAACCGCAGAAGCUGUGCGACAUUUUUGGUUUUCUUUGUGAAUUCUUAAGCUUGUAAUUACUUGUAGUGUUAUGUAGAGAAGACAAAAAUCUACUUAAUCUUAAAAUCUAGAAUGAGAAAAAAACAGGAAUAUCUUAAUAUUUUCAUGAAGUACAUCUGUCCUUUUUGCUCCAUAUUUGUGUCCAGAUUUGGCAGAUAUGGUGGAUGAAAGUUGGAUUACACAAAAUUCAUACAAAUCAUGCAAGAAUUGAAAGCCAUUUUUUUAAAAUUAGGAAGUAUAAUCUCUUUUCUUAUUUACAAAUUCAGUAUAGAAAAAUUUAAAAAUGGACAUGUCUGGUUGAUGUCUUGUAGCAUUUUCUUGGUGCCUUACUUUGGUGUCUUGUCACCUGAGCAAGUAGUGACACUUAUACGCCUAAAGAGAAGUCCAGCGUUACAGAUACAUAAACACAAUAAUGUUUGUAAAAUGAAAGAAGAAAGACAAAGAAUACAAAAAGAGAUGUCUUCAUUAUAUAUAUAUUUUUUAAUGUGAAAAAUUUUAAUUCAAAACACAGUACCUUUGUAUUUCUUGUCUGUUCUUGUUGCAGUGUUUCACUCAGGAGUCAUUUAACUUGAGUCUUCUUCAUAAAAUACUUAAUAUAAAUGUGUAUUAUAAAGCAAUUUCAAUGCAUAAAACUUAUGAUAGAUAUGCUUAUGGUAUUAGUCAAGUAGUGAUAUGCCCAUAGUUGUCAGUGAUUUUUCUUGUAGCCACUGUCUUCUUAUAGUAAAGUUGAGGCUUUAAGAUAUAUUCUGCAUAAUUACCAUGAAUAAGGCACAUUUAUAGAUAUUUUAUGUUAUUUAUACUGUAUGAACCUUUACGUCACUCAUUGAUGGUGAAAAAACUGAAAUAUUGUCAUGUAAAGUGAUCUUAGAUUGUGAAAUAGAGGUGCCAUCAUAUAAGGAGAUGUAGUUACUGUAAAUGACUUCCAAAAGAUAAAAUGCAAAAUUUUAUCAAUUUUUAAGAAUUAACUAUAAUUACAUACUCUAAUUAUGUUAAUUAUGUUUUGGUCUGCACAGACAUAAAGAAAUUUCACCAUGAAUGGUGCUAAGGAACGUAUGGUUUGAGAUGUUCUUAUACUUUGAGCUCUAAUAUUUUGUUGCACAAUUAGAAAAAAAAAUGUAUACAUAACCAUUCAAAGUUCACUUGUUUGAUGAAAUUUUGAAUGAAAGAUUUUCAUAUAUUUCUAAUGACCAUUAUUCCCUCCCAACCCUUUUUUAUAAGGGCCAUUUUUUUUUCUCUCUCUCUCUCCAUAUCUGCUCCAUUGGCUUUAUACACAUGUAUACUUUAUUAUGUGUUCAUAUCAUUUAUCUUGCAGUCUCAUUUAUUUAUACCAUAUGUUUUUGUGAUAUCUGUAAAAAAGUAAAGGAAAAAUAUAUAGAGAAAAAUGGAAUUAGUGAUUUAGUCUAUUAUGAUAAGGUAUAGUUAUGUUUGAAUAGUUGAUUCAGAUUUUCUUUGGAAUUUCUUGAUUUAAGAAUGAAAAUUUCCUUGAAUAGUCAACCAAUAAAUAAGUUUUAUUUAUAUUAUUAAUGUACAACAUAUUUUUUCUGAAAAUUACUUGAGUGUGUUCAUCUUCUCUGACUUAACUGGAUGGCAAAAGUCAUUUUUUAUAUAUUAGAUGUAGCUGAUUUAAUAUUCAUACUCUGUGCCUCAGUCGUCUUUUAGAAUGCAAAGAGCAAUGUGUUUGUAACAUUUUUAUGUACUUGAUACAGAAGAUUCAAAGAAAUAAAAUUUUUGUCAACUGUAA